CCGGCGUGACCUCUCUCACGCUUCUCUCUCUGUCUGCCGUAACGCGGAGAUCGCUUCUGAAGAGACGCGCGAGAGGAUGUGCCGCGAGUGAGUGCAAGUGAAUAAGUGAGUGACACCAAGUGACACCCAGCGCAGCGCAGGCAGGUUAUUCCGCCGAAGCGAAAUCCAUUGGUAAACAUGCAGCCGCGGCAUUAUCGUCGUGAGUGACCGUCGUGUGAUUACGCCCGACUAUAUAAUGGCAGAGAACCUGUCGAAACGGCCUUCCAAGGGAAUCCUCAAGACGUCCAGCAGUUUUGACAAUCCGGAGGCGCCUAGACCGAGCAAAGAAACAACAUGGGACGAGAUGAAUAUUAUCGCUACUCUUCAUCCUGCUGAUAAGGACUAUGGCCACAUGAAGAUCGAAGAACCAAAAACCCCAUAUAAUUUCGAAGGCCUCCAAAAUGAACAUGAGUUUGAUCAAUUAGAUGCUAGCGCUCUUGCAGCAAAAUUAGCUGGAGGUAGCAAGCCCAAAAUUUUCGAGGAAUCCAGUGAAGAGGAGGAAGAUGAAGAAACUCCCGAAGAAAAAGAAAGGAGGAGAGCCUUCGAGGCGAAAAGAAAGGGCCAUUAUCGAGAAUGGCAUGCUGUACAAAUGGCGAGACGACUUUUAGAGCAGGAUGAAUUAGAAGAGGAGGACGAAGAUGGCGAGGCUAAAAAUAAUGAGGAAAAUUCGUCGGAGGAAGAAAGCAAUUUUGACACUCGUUUCAAAUGCAUGCCGUCCUGUGAUAGAACCGAAAAAAAAUGAACGAAAAACAUCGAUUAGUAAUUUUUCUUUUUAAAUCGUCCAUCGCAGUCAUUCACAGUCAAUUUUUCGCGGCAAUGUCGACUUCAAUGUUUAAUGCUAUCGCGAGUAAAGUCAUAUCAAAGCAGCAGAGAAAGUGUUUACAUCAAUUACAUUUAAAUGCCCAAACUAAAUUUCGCAUUUUACUUAUAUGUAUAUAGCUCUUUUUCAGCUCCAUCUUUAUAGCUCUUUAGCUCCAUUCUCUGUAAAUAACCAUUUUAAGAACCUGAAUGUUUAGCAUAACCGCUGUUAGAUUUUCCAAGAUCAGAUAAAGUUACGAUAACAUUACAAGUAUUCAGAAGUACUUAUAAGCUGUGCACAGAAAAAUCCAUCGCGUUUAAUGAUCUACUUUGAUUUUCAUAGAUUAUAUAAAAAUUCCAAUUACUGCUUUGUAAGAGCUUUGUUUGGGUGUAUUAUUCCAGGCCUAUCGACACUUUAUUUCACGCAGCGUUGCUGUAAAAUUUGAUGUUUUUGAAAUAUUCUUAAUUGCUAUCAAAAUUUGACGAACAAUAAGGCUGAACAAAGCCCUCUCACGUAUAGGGAAGAUUUAAGACGCUGUAUGUAAUAUUUACAGUAAAAAAAACAUAUGUGUAUUUAAAACUGUUAGUACGUGUAUAAUACAUUACACAAGUUCUGUGAUUAGCAUAAGCAUAUGCUAUGUAACCUCGGUAUGUAUGACUUCAAAUUUUCGUUUCCUCUCGUAAUGUUUGAUUUUAUUUUCCAAACUCUCUGUAAAAGAAAAUAUAGCAUAGAUUAUAAAUACACGUAGAUAAGUGAAAUUCUCAAUUUGUACUAUGUGAAUUAUACGUAGUAUAAGCCUGUCCAAGUUCAUCAAUCCGAAUUCGCGCAAUCGCUCUCUUUAUCCCCAUUCUCAAUUAUCCUUUUCUUUAAUGACAUAUAACUAAUUGAUUGCAACGCAUGGAUACAACGAACACGUGUCUACAUAUAUUGAUUAUCUACCCCCUUUCAUCGCUCACAUCUCGCAUACCUCAUUCAUCAAGAUGACAAGGAGAAACAUUUUUCUCGUAAAUCACAUCUUGGACAGGCUUAACUUAAUCCAUUAAAUUGUACUGUUGAUAGAAUGUACAUUUAGGAAAUUGUAGUGUCGAAGUAAUAGAACACGUCCAAGCGCGGCGACAUUGUGUUUAGUAUAGUAUUAAAAAGAGAAGAACAUUGUGAAAUUACGAUAUAUAUGAUCAUCAAAAUAUUUUGAAUGUCUGUAUUAUAGUCGAAUACAAAGCAUAUUAAUAGACGAAAAACAGUGUACGUAUUUGUUUGCAUGGUGUCUCGAAAUUAAUAAACGUAGAAUACAUUAUGGAUAAGUAAU